AAUUUUUAUACGUUAACACAUGUUUUUCUUCUGUUCAUCUGUUAGUUAAUAGUAAAAACACGAAACAAACUUUUGAUUUUGCAAGACUCGUCCAGGAAACAUAAAGCACUGCAGACAUAAUGGGAGACGCUAAGUGGAAAUUAUUUUCAUUAAAAACAAUCAAGACACACUAUUCACUGUUACCAAUUGUAGGCUUGGUAGCCAUAGCCAUCCCGUCGGACAUCGCUGCUGUAAUUUACUUGCUCUGCACAAGGGACGUCGCCUACAUCACAGGCGCCAAAUCCAUCAACGAGAAGAUGGACUUGCUGAACCCGUACAGUCUCAAGUUAUAUACCGUUUCCGAGUUGCCGAAGUUGCCCCAUCUGCACGAGGCUUACAAGGAGAUGGCCAAAAUGGAGAAAGAAGAGGCCAGGCUGCUUGGCGGUUCGAAUCGCAAGAAGUAACGUACAGUUCAAAAUUAAUCCCAUGAUUUUCUAUUCGCUUAAAUCAAUAAACCAGAAACAACACUCAAUUUGUCAACAAAGUGAA